AUGCGACUAUUGCUAUUGGAUAAUAAAAAUGUACUUAUUGUAGAUGAUGAUGAUGAUGAUGGUUCAUACUCAUUUUCAAGUGUUGAGCUCGGUAGUUCAACCACAAACACAAUUAAAUCCAAUGAAUCAUUCACACUCAAAUUUCUACCAUGGGGUCAAAUAUUAUUAUUUGAUGAUAUGAAUAGAACAAGAAGCAUAUGUAUUUAG